AAAAUUAGUGACCUAUUUGAGUUUAUAUGGAUAUAUAACAAUUAAGUUACCUAAUGUAGUUGUUGUUUAUGAAUUAUGUUUAUGCUUAGGCCAAUAAAGUCUGAGUCAGUGGAAUGAGAAAAGGCCACUAACCAAUCAAUCUCCUUUAUCUUAGUCCUCCUCAUUAGAAGUUUCCGGGUGUUAUGGUACAAACUACAUAAGCAUAAUCAUCUCUUUAUAUCUCGUUAUCUAGUGUUAUCUUUCCUCUUUGGAAUUGUUAAUUAAAGUAUGUGUCGUUUUGCUCUCUCACUCUCUCUACUACCUAAUUAAGGUUUAUGGUCUAUAAAUACAUUUGUCUUCUCUUACUCUAACUACAUGUACCUCUUUCCUAUCCUUACGAGAAGAGAAGACUGUCAUUAAACAAGCAGGGAAAAAAUAAGAAGCAAUAUGGGUGGAGGCAACGGCCAAAAGGCGAAGAUGGCUCGGGAGAGGAACUUGGAGAAGCAGAAAGGAGCUAAAGGAAGUCAGCUUGAAUCGAACAAGAAAGCCAUGUCAAUUCAGUGCAAGGUAUGUAUGCAAACAUUCAUUUGCACCACAACAGAGGUCAAGUGUAGGGAACAUGCUGAAGCAAAACACCCUAAGUCUGAUGUUUACGCAUGUUUCCCUCAUCUUAAGAAGUGAAAUGGUCAUGUUUAUAUAUAAGGAAAGAGCUCGUAGAGAUGUCUUUCAACUGAACCUUCAUCAUUGUAUCUUAUUCGCCCUUUAAGUUUGGGAGUUUAUCAAAAUGCGUGCGAAGUCAUGAUAUGCUUUAAUAUUAAUUACCUCAACUGUAUUCACUAUAAACUACAAACAAUUUUAGUCCCCCAUUGUGUGUUGAAUUACAAGAAUAUGCUUUUUUGAACAAA